AGAAGCCAGCCGGAGCCUCCCCGGAUCAGAACUUUUUAGGCUGUCCGCCCCCAUUCCCGCAGUCCCUGGGCCGCGCACCGGCAGGCGGGGGCGAGGGGGCGCCGCCGCGCGAGUCCCCCUCCGGUCCCCCCUCCCCCUUGGCUCGGCCGCCCGCCCGCCGCUUUGUUCCGGGCGCGCGGAGGGAAGGCGAGGCUGCGGCGGAUCAUGCCCAUGGUGUAGCCGCCAAGCGGAGGCAUGGCUGCCGGAAGGUUACUGCUCUAUACGGGCCUCUCGCUAGCGCUCUGCGCCCUCGGCAUGCUGGCCGUGGCCAUCUGCUCGGACCACUGGUACGAGACGGACGCCAGGAAGCACAGGGACAGGUGCAAGGCCUUCAACACCCGCCGGGUCGACCCCGGCUUCAUUUACAACAACAACAACAACUUGCCGCUCCGGGCGAGCCGCUCCCGCCUGGACCGCUGGGAGGGCAAACUCCUCCGGGCCCGGAAUCGCCGGCAGCUCUUCGCCAUGAGCCCGGUUGACGAGUGCAGCCGGCAGUACAACUCCACCAACAUGGGCCUCUGGAGGAAAUGCCACCGGCAGGGCUUCGACCCCGAGAUCGCAGCCCUCAUUCGGAAAGGAGAAAUUGAACGAUGCACAUACAUCAAAUACCACUACUCCUCAGCCACCAUCCCCAGGAACCUCACUUUCAACAUCACGAAGACCAUCCGUCAGGAUGAGUGGCACGCCCUUCACCUGCGCAGGAUGACCGCCGGCUUCAUGGGCAUGGCGGUGGCCAUCAUCCUCUUCGGCUGGAUCAUCGGCGUGCUGGGCUGCUGCUGGGACCGGGGCCUUAUGCAGUAUGUAGCAGGGCUUCUCUUCCUCAUGGGAGGAACUUUCUGCAUCAUAUCACUGUGCACCUGUGUGGCUGGAAUCAACUUUGAGCUGUCACGCUACCCACGCUACCUGUAUGGACUCCCCGAUGACAUCAGCCAUGGAUACGGAUGGUCCAUGUUCUGUGCAUGGGGGGGCCUGGGCCUCACACUAAUCUCGGGAUUCUUCUGUACCUUGGCCCCUUCUGUCCAACCUGUCCCGAGGACCAACUGCCCUAAAUCCAGACCCGAGAAUGGGACAGUGUGCUAAAAAAACAAACCCAUACAUAUAUAUAUAUAUAUAUAAAUAUAUAUAUAAUAUACAUAUAUAAAACAAAACUAACUCAAGAUGAUGCCAGUGCCAAGGUAGAGUUGAGUUGGCUCAGGCACCCGCAUCUCGUCGGACUUUGUGUUGCCUCAUCACCGAGAUGGGGAAAGCGUCCCUGUCACGUGGCUCUUCCAUCAUUUCUUAACUUUUGGCUCCACGGUUUUUUGAAGACAGAGCGAACAUCACCACUUGUGAUAGCGUCCUGAUCCCAUCACUCAGGAGGAUGGGGUGGUGGGCUGGGAAGGGACAGUGCCAGUGGUCUGAAGCGGCACGGAUGUAGAGAAGGAGGUACCAUCCAUUGGGCCAGCCGUGAGGACACCACCCCAACGCCGAUCGUGUUGCAGAGAAACAAAGCCCUUAGUUCAUAGAAUGUAACCACAUCUUUGACGUCAUUUGCAGACCACUUCUCCUGAUCUUCCUGUUCUGAUUCCCUUCCUAGCCCACCAGCAACACACAAGAAGUGGAAGAGAAAACAGACUGAGGAGGAAGUUUUCUCUUUGUUGCCAAACUUUUGGACAAAGUUACAGAGGUGGGAAGGGGGAGAGAACAACGUGCUGAGGGGCAAGAUCCACGUCAAUAAAAGGACACUUCAGUGGAUGCUCAGAAAACCCAGUCUUACCUUCCAGCUGCCUUACAUCCAGUUAAACAAGAGGCCGCCCUACCCCCGACCCCACCUGCACUCCCUGGGCAGAUUGGAGCCUUGGAGUAAUGCUGUGAUGUGUGCGUGCGUGUGCGUGCGUGCGUGCGUGUGUGUGCGUGUGUGUGUGUGUGUAUGUGUGAGACUACUUUUGGUGGUUUCCUUUUUUCCUUUUCACCUUUUAAAAUGGAAAGACUUCAUUAUGACUGUUGUCUCUAUCGUUUGUGGUGGUUUCGUGGGCCAGGGCGGAGUCCCGAGACCUAGGAGGAAUAAUGAGGGGCAGGCCAGUGUGGGUGCCCAUUCUGUAGUUUCAGAUCCCUGGAGUGUGUACGUGUGGUGGGUGUUUUCUGAGUGUGGGGUUUUAUUGUUUGUGUUGCAUUUUUCUAUUAUUUGUAGUGCAGCUGAAAUUCCCAGAGGGCAGAACUGAGAACAAAAUCACUGGGCAGAGGGCCCGGUGGUCCUUCACAUCACAGUUCUGGGAUGCCACGGGAUUUAGUCCUCUAAAUCUGGAAGUUCAAGACAAAGCUGGGCACAAAGCCGUGAGAGAAGAGGGGGAACAUGGUUCAGGAGGGAGAAGGAACAUUGCCUCUGUUGCUGUUGCACAAGUACGUACCAAACCAGAUCUUCACUCCCCAUCAUGGAAGCUGUCCUUUGUCACUGGACAUCCACCCCUCUCCUGGGGGCGACCUCUGUACAGAUGAAAGAAAAUGGGUCACAUGCAGAGAGAGCAUCUCCAUGCUCCGUGGGCUCAAGUUUGUAUGAUAUUGUGUAAAUUAAUGGCGAACUCCGGACUCUUUCCAUCUUCUUCCUUUCCCUCUUGGUAUUCAAGGCCACGCAUCCCCAAAUAGCCAUCUUAGUGGCUAGCCCCCAAACAGAGGUGGCAUAAAUCCAGCCCGACGUCUCAGGCUCGUUCGAGCACACUGGCCCUGCAGGUGUCGGCGAACUACCAUGUCAGCCAGAGUCGUGGAAGCUGUAGGGACAAGAGUCUGCCGGGAAGAGUGGGCAGGAGCAGCUGACAGUCACCUCAGUGACCCUGCUGGGGCUGAGCAGCCCCAGGGAGGCAAGGAGUGAAUCCCCGAGCUGUACAGCCAUGGGUCAACCAUGUAGCUGAGAAUUCAGUUGCUUCACAAAUAGAUAUGCUUUGGGCGCUUUGCCAACAGCUCAACAGCCUUCUUUCCCACCCAUGUACCUGUUUCAUUGACCUGUCUCCUGAUAUGUCUUCCUGCCAGUCCCCACUUCUCAUCUAGUAACCACCUCUCCCUCUUCCAUCUGCCAGGCUACGAGUCCUGCCUGUCCCCUCAUCUGCUCUUUUUGACUGUGUGUGUGUGAUUCACAUCCAGUUAAGACAUCCCAUGUGCAUGAAUGGGCCUGAAUGUGGGUCUCUGUAUAUGUGUAGCUCCCUGGUGCAUUUUCUGUGUGUUUUUGUCAGUAUGUACCUGGACACGGUUGUGGGUGUGCUACUCAAGGCUUCCUUCCCAGCGACACUGGUCAGCUUCUGCAAAAGGUCUCAUGUGCGCGUGCCCCUUGUAUGGGUAUGCUGAGAGAUGAGGGGUGAGGUGUGGAGCAGGAAACGCUAUUCUCUUCCAAUUGGGCUUCAAAGGAUUUUUUUU